UUUUGGUCGAUUUCAGUCAAUUCCAGUCGAUUUCAGGCCACGUCAAUAUCGAACCGCAUCACUUUUUACGAAAUUUCUUGCUAAAAUGCUUCAAAAAAUCGCUAAAAUCGCCGUUUUCUUGGCAAUUGUUGGAUGCACAAGUGCCGCCGUUUGCACCGGACCCACAGUGAAGAGCACUUCAUUCACAACCACCGACGGGAAAAUUGUGAGCCAAAUCGCUUUUAUCGCGGAAUUCACGCUGAAAUGCUCGAAUAACGCCGAGAAAGUUGCUCUCUUUGCCGAAGUCGAUGGAAAAAUCUCGCCCGUGAGUCGUGUCGGUGACAACCAAUAUCAAAUUAGCUGGAGUGAAGACCUCAAAAAGGCGUCGAGUGGCGAUCAUCAAGUGAAUUUGUAUGACGAGGAAGGUUACGCUGCCUAUCGCAAGGCUCAACGGUCUGGCGAAAGCACCGCAAACGUCAAGCCAUUGACGAAAUUGAGCGUUUAUCAUCCGGGAACCUACAAGGGAGCAUGGAUCAAGUCGGAACUCUUGGCUACGAUUCUCAUUAGCGGCGCUGCGUACUUGGCUUUCUCGACGCGCAACAAGUUGAUCAACUAAAAGGAGGCUUAAUGGGACGGCGCGCUGGCAUACAUGUUUUAUAAAUGUGGGUGCGUGGCGUGUGUUGUGAUCAUGAGAUUCGGAAAUUUGUAAUAAAUUAAAGUUUUUAAUUGAAAAAAAAAAUUUUUUUUGAACUAA